AUGUCUUCACAAAUCUUCAUUAAAUCAUUAACCAGACAAUCAAUCAGAUUCAAUAGUACAGUAGCAAAAUCAACACCAAGAGCACUUUCAAAUGCUUAUGUUGGAAAUUUAGAAACAAGAUGGGUUGCAUUACCAAAAGAAGAUCAACAAUCAAUCAUAGAAGAAUUAAAAACAAGAAUGGAAUUGCCAUGGUCUGAAUUAACAAAUGCUGAAAAACAAGCAGCUUAUUAUAUAUCCUUUGGAGAAUGGGGACCAAGAAGACCUUUAUAUGCUCCAGGAGAGAAAUCACAAAUAUUUUGGAUAGUGUUUGGUUCUGUUAUUGGAAGUAUUGCAUUAUUUGCAGGACUUAGAUCUUUAGCUGCUCCAGCUCCACAUACUUUCAGCAGAGAAUGGCAAGAGGCUUCCGAUGAAUACUUGAAAUCUAAGAAUGCUAAUCCUUUUACUGGUUAUUCACAAAUUCAAUAA